AUGGCUGGCUUCCGGGACCACACCCAGCCGCCUGGGGACAGCGGCGGAUCUGGGCAAAAGCAGAACGCCCAGCGGCCCCCGGGAGCCGCCGCGUACCGUUGUGCUGGGGCGUCGCUCCCUGUGUGCAGCGCGCUGGCCGCGUCUCAGGUUCCUGGCCCACGGCUGCCUGCGAACUCUGUGUCCCUCUGUGGUCUUUCCUGCCUCCCUCCCCUCCUGCCCCAGCGGCCGCUCCUCCUGCAGACGGGCAUCUCGUUGCUGCUGUGGGGCCAGGAGAACCUCCGAGGGGAGUGUGGCGGACGGAUCGCGGCGCUGCCCCAGGAAUUAAUGAAUUUCAGCGACAUGAACCUCUUCACCGAAGAUUAUUUUCCAUCAGGUUACACCAAUUCUUCGUUUGAGUACGACGAUGCCUUGCUGUGUUCCCUGCAGGAGGUCAGAAACUUCUCCAGGCUGUUUGUGCCGGUCGCCUACUCCUUGAUCUGCGUGUUUGGGCUCGUGGGCAACGUUCUGGUGGUGAUCACCUUCGCGUUCUACAAGAAGGCCAGGUCCAUGACAGACGUCUACCUGCUGAACAUGGCCAUCGCAGACAUACUUUUUGUUCUCACUCUGCCAUUCUGGGUAGUGAAUCACGCUGCCGGGGUGUGGAUUUUCAGCAAUGUCACGUGCAAACUGCUGAAGGGCAUCUACGCAGUCAACUUUAACUGCGGCAUGCUGCUCUUGGCCUGCAUCAGCAUGGACCGGUACGUCGCCAUCGUACAGGCGACGAAAGCCUUCCGGCUCCGGACCAGAACAUUGCCACACAGCAAGGCCAUCUGUCUGGCGGUGUGGCUGGUGUCAGUCCUAAUCUCCAGCUCCACCUUUAUCUUCAACCAGAAGUACAACCUGCAAGGCAGAGAUGUCUGUGAACCCAAGUACGACGCCGUCUCAGAGCCCAUCAAGUGGAAGCUGCUGAUGUUGGGGCUUGAGCUACUCUUUGGGUUCUUUAUCCCACUGGUGUUCAUGAUAUUCUGCUACAUGUUUAUUGUCAAAACCUUAGUGCAGGCUCAGAAUUCUAAAAGGCACAGAGCCAUCCGCGUAAUCAUAGCUGUGGUGCUUGUGUUUUUGGCCUGUCAGAUCCCUCAUAACAUGGUCCUUCUCGUGACAGCUGCAAAUCUGGGUAGAACGAACCGAUCUUGCCACAGUGAAAAAGUAAUCGGCUACACCAAAAAUAUCACGGAAGUCCUGGCUUUCCUCCACUGCUGCCUCAACCCCGUGCUCUAUGCAUUUAUCGGCCAGAAGUUUAGAAACUACUUUCUGAAGAUAAUGAAGGACCUGUGGUGUGUGAGAAGGAAGUAUAAUUCUCAGGGCUUCUCCUGUUCCAGGAUGUACUCAGAAACCUUCCUUUCCAGGCAGACCAGCGAGACUGUGGAUAAUGACAACGCGGAGGUCAUCCUGCACACCAUUUUACAGGGUCUACUCACUAAUCAUACAGGAGCUGGGGUCUCUGGAGGGGACGAGGCGGGACGACUGAGCCGGAGCUCCCCAGGCUCCGCCUCCCAGGUGACGGCCACGCCCACAGAUGCCCUCGGGGCACCUGUCCUCUGA